UCUUUGGAAAGUUGGAGCUGAAAACAUUUGCAAUUUACAAUAGAGCAGUAAAGAAUGGGGUCGAAAGAUCCAAGCGAGAAGGCGCGGGUUUGGAGACCCAAGUUUAAGGCCCUACUCUGUUGCUUGCAAUCUCCUUCUCCCAUGGAUUCCAAGCUGCAAGAUUCAGCUUGCAGUUCCACUCAUCAGUCAACGGAUCCCAACAGGAACAGGCGGUUAUAUAAGCACGAUGUGUUUCUGAGUUUCAGAGGCACCGACACCCGCAACAAUUUCAUCGAUCAUCUUUAUCAUAGUCUCAUCAGGAAAGGAGUUUUUGCCUUCAAGGACAACGAGAGGCUUCAGAAAGGGGAAUCUAUCUCUUCUCAGCUUCUGCAAGCCAUCAGAGAUUCCCGCGUUUCUAUCAUUGUCUUCUCAAGUGAUUAUGCUGCCUCCACAUGGUGCCUCGAUGAAAUGGCUACCAUAGCUCAAUGCAAGAAAGAGUUCGGACAGAAGGUUUUCUCCGUUUUCUAUGAUGUGGAUCCUUCUGUUGUUCGAAAGCAGAGUGGGGUGUACGGGGAUGCUUUUGCUUCACAUACAAAGAGGUUCCAAAAGGAUCUUAGCAAGAUUAAACGCUGGAAGAGAGCUAUGACGGAUUUGGCCAAUUCUGCUGGAUGGGAUGUUAGAGAUAAGCCAGAAUUCACGGAGAUUGAUAAAAUCAUUCAAAAGGUAAUAAAAGAAUUGGAUCAUAGAUUUUCUGGGUUUGCUGAUGAUCUAGUAGGGAUACAACCAUGUGUAAAAGAAUUAGAACAAGUUCUAAAGAUAAACUCAAAGGACGAAGAUGUUCGAGUUCUUGGAAUCUGGGGAAUGGGUGGAAUAGGAAAGACAACUCUUGCCAGUAUCUUGUAUGACAAAAUCUCUUAUAUGUUUGACGCACAUUGCUUUAUCGAGAAUGUGAGCAAAAGUUAUAGAGAGGGCAGUGCUAUUUCCGUUCAAAGACAAAUUCUUCGUCGAACUCUAGAGGAACAAGAUCUAGAUAAAUAUAGUCCUUCUGAAAUAGCUGGGAUAAUCAGAAAUAGGCUAUCUUCCAGAAAGCUCCUUAUAGUUCUUGAUAAUGUUGAUGAAAGAGAACAAUUAGAUCAAUUGGCUAUAAAUACUAAAUUACUUGGAAGAGGAAGCAGAAUAAUCAUAACGUCCAGGGAUAAACAUAUUCUUGAAAGUUAUGGAAUAGAUGCAAUUCACAACGUUUCCUUAUUGAAUUCUCAAGAUGCUUCAGAACUUUUUUUUAGAAAGGCCUUCAAAAGUGAUCGUCCUAGUAGCAGCACUUGUAUGGAGCUAACUCCCAUCAUACUGGAAUAUGCUCAAGGUCUUCCAUUAGCAAUCAAAGUAGUGGGUUCUUUCUUGGACAAACGGAAUGCUUCCCAAUGGAGGGCUUAUUUAGAAAGAUUGAAGAAAUAUCCGGACAAAAAACUUACAGAUGUGCUUCAAGUAAGUUUUGAAGACCUGCAAAAUGAUGAUAAAGAAAUAUUUUUGCACAUUGCUUGCUUUUUUAGAGGAGACAGGGAAGAUUAUGUAAAGCGAAUUCUAGCUACUUGUGGACUACAACCUAACAUUGGAAUUCCAGUUCUAGAGGAGAGAUCACUCAUAACCAUUAAGAACCAAGAGAUUCAUAUGCAUGACAUGUUACAAGAAUUGGGGAAGAAACUUGUUCGGGAAAGAUAUCCAGAAGAGCCAGCAUUAUGGAGCAGAUUAUGGCGUUGUAGCGAUUUUGAAAAUGCUCUGAUGUCAGCUGAGACGGUAAUGUUCUCAAAUUUAAUAUUGUGAGUUUUUCCCAUUUCCGUUAGAAAUUUUAGAGAUGGCAGUGCUAUCGCCGUUCAAAGACAGAUUCUUCGUAGAACUCUAGAUGAACAAGAUCUGGAAAAUUAUAGUCCUUCUGAAAUAGCUGGU